ACCCUCAACCCCGCGGGCUGUUUGCAAACCUAACAGCGGCUGACUCCUGGGGCUAGAGACCUCCGUGUAGCGCUAGAGACCUCCCUCCCGCCCAGCCAGCAUGACAGCUGUGGUCUUGGAGAACAGAUUGGUGGGCAGGAAGCUCUCUGACAGUGGACAGGAAACAAGCUAUAUUGAGGAAAACUCCAAUCAAAGUGGUGCCAUAUCACUGAUCUUCUCACUCAAAGAAGAAGUUGGUGCACUGGCUAAAGUCUUGCGCUUAUUUGAGGUGAAUGAUAUAAAUCUGACCCACAUUGAGUCUAGACCUUCUCGUUUAAAGAAAGACGAGUAUGAGUUUUUCACCUACAUGGAUAAACGCAGCGCGCCUUCCCUGGAAAACAUCAUCAGGAUCUUGAGACAUGACAUUGGCGCCACUGUCCAUGAGCUUUCCCGAGAUAAGAAGAAAGACACGGUGCCCUGGUUCCCAAAAACCAUCCAGGAGCUGGACAGAUUUGCCAAUCAGAUUCUCAGCUAUGGAGCGGAACUGGAUGCAGACCACCCAGGUUUUAAAGAUCCUGUGUACCGAGCAAGACGGAAACAGUUCGCUGACAUCGCCUACAGCUACCGCCAUGGGCAGCCCAUCCCUCGGGUGGAAUACACAGAGGAAGAAAAGAAAACAUGGGGUACCGUGUUCCGGACCCUGAAGUCCUUGUAUAAAACCCACGCUUGCUAUGAGCACAAUCACAUUUUCCCACUUCUGGAAAAGUACUGUGGCUUCCAUGAAGAUAACAUUCCCCAGCUGGAAGACGUCUCCCAGUUCCUGCAGUCUUGCACUGGUUUCCGCCUCCGACCCGUGGCUGGCCUGCUGUCCUCUCGGGAUUUCUUGGGUGGCCUGGCCUUCCGAGUCUUCCACUGCACACAGUACAUCAGACAUGGAUCCAAGCCCAUGUACACGCCUGAACCUGACAUCUGCCAUGAGCUGUUGGGACACGUACCCUUGUUUUCGGAUCGCAGCUUUGCCCAGUUCUCCCAGGAAAUCGGCCUUGCCUCUCUGGGCGCACCUGAUGAGUACAUUGAGAAACUCGCCACAAUUUACUGGUUUACUGUGGAGUUUGGGCUCUGCAAACAAGGAGACUCCAUAAAGGCAUAUGGUGCUGGGCUCCUGUCAUCUUUUGGUGAAUUACAGUACUGCUUAUCAGAUGAGCCGAAGCUCCUGCCUCUGGACCUAGAGAAGACAGCUGUCCAAAAUUACAGUGUCACAGAGUUCCAGCCCCUGUACUAUGUGGCUGAGAGUUUCAGUGAUGCCAAGGAGAAAGUGAGGAACUUUGCUGCCACAAUCCCUCGGCCCUUCUCCGUUCGUUAUGAUCCAUACACCCAAAGGAUUGAGGUCUUGGACAAUAUCCAGCAGCUUAAGAUUUUGGCCGACUCCAUCGACAGUGAAGUUGGAAUCCUUUGCAGUGCUCUCCAGAAAAUAAAGUGAAACUAUGGAUAGAACAUGAUGGGGAUCCAACCAUUUUUUUUUCAUCAGAAAAAAUCCAAUUUGCAAACAUUAAUUUGAAAUAAUAGCCUUACAUCUUUUUGGAAGAAGAUAAUAAUCAUCUGAAAAUUAUUAAUAAUUUAAUCUGAAAUGACAACAUAUUAAUACAUACCCAAAAGCAUAAUGGUAGAUCUUUUGGGGUCAUCUUUGAUUUUGAGAAGAUAAUUCCAUACUCUGAAUUGAGUUACAUCAAUGAUCUGUCACAUUUCCUGAGAUUGAUUAAAAUUGAGACCUGCUUCAUCCAA